GUGCGCCGGGCGCCGGGGCCGGUGCGGGACGAGGAGCGCGCCGCCGCCGCCGAGCCCGAGGGUGCGCGGCGCCGCCCGCCAUGGCCCCCGCCCGGGGCCGCCUGCCCCCCGCGCUCUGGGUCGUCACGGCCGCGGCGGCGGCGGCCACCUGCGUGUCCGCGGCGCGCGGCGAAGUGAACUUGCUGGACACGUCGACCAUCCACGGGGACUGGGGCUGGCUCACGUACCCGGCGCACGGGUGGGACUCCAUCAACGAGGUGGACGAGUCCUUCCGGCCCAUCCACACGUACCAGGUGUGCAACGUCAUGAGCCCCAACCAGAACAACUGGCUGCGCACGAGCUGGGUGCCCCGCGACGGUGCCCGGCGCGUCUACGCCGAGAUCAAGUUCACGCUGCGCGACUGCAACAGCAUGCCCGGCGUGCUGGGCACCUGCAAGGAGACCUUCAACCUCUACUACCUGGAGUCGGACCGCGACCUGGGCUCCAGCACGCAGGAAAGCCAGUUCCUGAAAAUCGACACCAUCGCGGCCGACGAGAGCUUCACGGGCGCCGACCUGGGCGUGCGGCGGCUCAAGCUCAACACGGAGGUGCGCGGCGUGGGUCCCCUCAGCAAGCGCGGCUUCUACCUGGCCUUCCAGGACAUCGGCGCCUGCCUCGCCAUCCUCUCCCUCCGCAUCUAUUACAAGAAGUGCCCCGCCAUGGUGCGCAACCUGGCGGCCUUCUCGGAGGCGGUGACCGGCGCAGACUCGUCCUCGCUGGUGGAGGUGCGGGGCCAGUGCGUGCGGCACUCGGAGGAGCGGGACACCCCCAAGAUGUACUGCAGCGCCGAGGGCGAGUGGCUGGUGCCCAUUGGCAAGUGCGUGUGCAGCGCCGGYUACGAGGAGCAGCGGGAUGCGUGCGUGGCCUGUGAGCUGGGCUUCUACAAGUCAGCCCCUGGGGACCAGCUGUGUGCCCGCUGCCCGCCCCACAGCCACUCCGCAGCCCCGGCUGCCCAGGCCUGCCGCUGUGACCUCAGCUACUACCGGGCGGCCCUGGACCCGCCUUCUGCAGCCUGCACCCGGCCACCCUCUGCACCAGUGAACCUCAUCUCCAGCGUAAAUGGGACAUCUGUGACCCUGGAAUGGGCCCCUCCCCUGGACCCAGGUGGCCGCAGUGACAUCACCUACAACGCCGUGUGCCGCCGCUGCCCCUGGGCGCUGAGCCACUGUGAGGCGUGUGGGAGUGGCACCCGCUUCGUGCCCCAGCAGACCAGCCUGGUGCAGGCCAGCCUGCUGGUGGCCAACCUGCUGGCCCACAUGAACUACUCCUUCUGGAUCGAGGCCGUCAACGGCGUGUCYGACCUGAGCCCCGAGCCCCGCCGGGCGGCCAUCGUCAACAUCACCACCAACCAGGCAGCCCCGUCCCAGGUGGUGGUGAUCCGGCAGGAGCGCGCGGGCCAGACCAGCGUGUCGCUGCUGUGGCAGGAGCCGGAGCAGCCCAACGGCAUCAUCCUGGAGUACGAGGUCAAGUACUACGAGAAGGACAAGGAGAUGCAGAGCUACUCCACCCUCAAGGCCGUCACCACCCGGGCCACCGUGUCGGGCCUCAAGCCGGGCACGCGCUACGUGUUCCAGGUGCGGGCGCGCACGUCGGCGGGCUGUGGCCGCUUCAGCCGGGCCGUGGAGGUGGAGACCGGGAAGCCCCGGCCCCGCUACGAUACCCGGACCAUCGUCUGGAUCUGCCUGACGCUCAUCUCGGGCCUGGUGGUGCUUCUGCUUUUGCUCAUCUGCAAGAAGAGGCACUGUGGCUACAGCAAGGCCUUCCAGGACUCGGACGAGGAAAAGAUGCAGUACCAGAGCGGCCAGGCGCCACCCCCGGUCUUUCUGCCCCUGCACCGCCCCCCGGGGAAGCUCCCGGAGCCCCAGUGCUGCGCCGAGCCGCACACCUACGAGGAGCCGGGCCGGGCGGGCCGAGGCUUCACCCGGGAGAUCGAGGCCUCCAGGGUCCACAUCGAGAAGGUCAUCGGUUCCGGGGAGUCCGGAGAAGUCUGCUAUGGGCGACUGCGGGUGCCGGGGCAGCGGGAUGUGCCCGUGGCCAUCAAGGCCCUCAAAGCCGGCUACACGGAGAGACAGCGGCGGGACUUCCUCAGCGAGGCCUCCAUCAUGGGCCAGUUCGACCACCCCAACGUCAUCCGCCUCGAGGGCGUCGUCACCCGUGGCCGCCUGGCAAUGAUCGUGACGGAAUAUAUGGAGAACGGCUCUCUGGACGCCUUCCUGAGGACCCACGACGGACAGUUCACCAUCACGCAGCUGGUGGGCAUGCUCAGAGGCGUGGGCGCCGGCAUGCGCUACCUCUCAGACCUGGGCUACAUCCACCGUGACCUGGCUGCCCGCAACGUCCUGGUGGACGGCAACCUGGUGUGCAAGGUGUCGGACUUCGGGCUCUCGCGGGUGCUGGAGGACGACCCCAAUGCCGCCUACACCACCACGGGAGGAAAGAUCCCCAUCCGCUGGACGGCGCCCGAGGCCAUCGCCUUCCGGACCUUCUCCUCGGCCAGUGACGUGUGGAGCUUCGGCGUGGUCAUGUGGGAGGUGCUGGCCUACGGGGAGAGGCCCUACUGGAACAUGACCAACCGGGACGUCAUCAGCUCCGUGGAGGAGGGGUACCGCCUGCCUGCGCCCAUGGGCUGCCCCCGCGCCCUGCACCAGCUCAUGCUGGACUGCUGGCAGAAGGACCGGGCCCAGCGGCCGCGAUUCUCCCACAUUGUCAGUGUCCUCGAUGCACUGAUCCGCAGCCCCGAGAGUCUCAGGGCCACGGCCACGGCCGGCAGGUGCCUGCCCCCUGCAUUUGCCAGGAGUUGCUUUGACCUCCGAGGGGGCAGUGGUGGCGGGGGCCUCACUGUGGGGGACUGGCUGGACUCCAUCCGCAUGGGCCGGUACCGGGACCACUUCGCGGCUGGCGGGUACUCUUCCCUCGGCAUGGUGCUGCGCAUGGACGCCCAGGAUGUGCGUGCCCUGGGCAUCACCCUCAUGGGCCACCAGAAGAAGAUCCUGGGCAGCAUCCAGACCAUGCGGGCCCAGCUGACCAGCACCCAGGGGCCCCGCCGGCAUCUCUGA